AUGGUCCCGGCACAGCUUCAUGCAUAUGAAUCGAAGAAACGCAAGAAGCUGUUGAGGUUUGAAAGUGAUACAAAGCAGUAUGAGGAGAAAGAGAAGAAGAGGAGGGCUGCAGAUUCUGCCAAGAGCUGCAAAUUUGGUGAAGUCAAGCAGCCUAUUUUGCAGAAGAAGAGUCUGAGUUCUGUUGCUGAGCAAGGUUGUACUCCUCGGCGGUGUCCUCGUGUUGCUUGCAUGGACAAGAACCUCGGUAAGAAAACUGCUGAAGCUGGUGCAGAGGAUCCGGAACGGAAGCGACCACAUGCGAUGAUGAGCCCGAGUCCGACAAGGAUGACUUUCUUCUUGCCAAUGUUGUGA